CCCACUACAUCCCCCUACCGAGGAGCCCCUGCCUGCUCUGUUUUCCUUGACGUGUGUCCCAGGUCACCUUGUCUGUCCCCCGGCUGCCCACCCUGGCCAUGGAUGAAUACUUCCAUUGUGCCUUUGGGGACUAUGACAGCUUGGCUCACGUGGAAGGGCCCCACGUAGCGUGCGUCACCCCUCCCGAAGACCAGCUGCCGCUGAACCCUCCGGGCACAGACCACGUCACCUUGCCCCUGGCUCUGAUGUUUGAGGAUGUGGCCGUGGCUACCACCAACUUCUCCUUCUAUGACUGCAGUGCCGUCCAGGCCUUAGAGGCGGCAGCCCCGUGCCGUGCUUGUGUGGGCAGCCUCUGGCGCUGCCACUGGUGCUCCCAGAGCAGCCGCUGUGUGUAUGGGGAGCACUGCCCUGAGGGCGAGGACACCAUCUACAGUGUCCAGGAGGUGGAUGUCCAGGUGCGUGGCCCAGGGGCUUGUCCCCGGGUGGAGGGCCUCGCGGGUCCCCUCCUAGUGCCUGUGGGCUGGGAGAGCCGUUUGGCCCUGCGUGUGCGGAACCUUCAGCAUUUCGGAAGCCUGCCUGCCUCCUACCACUGCUGGCUGGAGCUGCCCGGGGAACUUCGAAGGCUGCCGGCCUCUCUGGAGGAGAUGGCGGGGGACGUGGGCCUCAUCCACUGCCAGGCCCAGCAGUUCCGCCCCUCCAUGGCACAGCGGGAGCUCCCGGUGCCCAUCUAUGUCACCCGGGGCGAGGGCCAACGGCUGGACAACGCCCACACUCUCCAUGUGACCCUGUAUGACUGCGCCAUGGACCACCCUGACUGCAGCCGCUGCCAGGCGGCCAGUGGGAGUCUGGGCUGCGUGUGGUGCAGCCACGGCCAGCCUGCCUGUCGCUAUGGUCCUCUGUGCCCCCCUGGGGCCGUGGAGCUGCUGUGUCCCACUCCCAGCAUUGACACAGUCGAGCCCCUAACCGGGCCCCCCGAGGGCGGCUUGGCCCUCACCAUCCAGGGCUCCAACCUGGGCCGGGACUUUACUGAGGUACAAGAUGCCGUGAAGGUGGCUGGCCGCCCCUGCAGCCCGGAGCCCUCUCUCUACCGCACCUCUGCCCGGAUUGUGUGUGUGACGGCUCCCGCCCCUAGUGGCACCACAGGGCCCAUCCAAGUGGCCAUUAAGAACCGGCCACCAGGCAUCUCAACCCAGCAUUUCACCUACCAGGACCCCAUCCUCCUGAGCCUGAGUCCCCAGUGGGGCCCCCAGGCGGGGGGUACCCAGCUCACUAUCCACGGGCAGCACCUUCAGACAGGGGGCGACAUCAGUGCCUUCGUGGGUGAACAGCCCUGUCCCAUCCAGGAGCCGGUGUGUCCUGAGGCCAUCGUGUGCCACACCACGUCCCAGGCUAGCCCAGGAGAAGCUGUGGUUCGCGUGGUCUUCGGCCACGCCCAGCGCACGCUGCUCGCCAGCCCCUUCCAGUACACGGCCAACCCCCAGCUUGUGGGUGCCGAGCCGAGCGUCAGCUUCCGGGGGGGCGGGCGGCUGAUCCGCGUCAGGGGCACCGGCCUGGACGUGGUGCAGCAGCCCCUGCUGUCCGUGUGGCUGGAGGCAACAGCAGAGGUGCAGGCGCGGGGAGCCCGGCCCCCAGAUCCCAGCCCGAGGAGGAGCUGCGGGGUCCCUGCCACGGCCCCCCAGGCUUGUAUCCCGCUUGAGGGGGGCUUGCUGCAGUGCUCCACGGUCUGUUCCGUCAACUCGUCCAGCCUCCUGGUGUGCCACAGCCCCGCCGUGCCAGACGGGGCGCACCUGCGGCGGGUCUUCUUCGCCCUGGACAAUGUGCACAUAGACUUCGCCAGCGCCAGCGGGGGCCAGGACUUCCUGUACCAGCCCAACCCCCGCCUAGCCCCCCUCAGCCGCGAGGAGCCCGCCCGCCCCUAUCGUGUCAAGCCAGGCAACGUCCUGGAUGUGGAGGGCCAGGGCCUCAACCUGGGCAUCAGCAAGGAGGAAGUGCGCGUGCACAUUGGUGACGGCGAGUGCCUGGUGAAGACACUCACACUCACCCACCUGUACUGUGAGCCGCCGCCCCGGGCCCCGCAGCCCGCCAACGGCUCGGGGACCCUGCCGCAGUUCGUGGUUCAGAUGGGCAACGUGCGCCUGGCCCUGGGCCCUGUCCAGUAUGAGACCGAGCCCGCCCUGUCUGCCUUCCCUAUAGAGGCCCAGGUGGGCCUGGGCAUGGGCGCUGCCCUGCUCAUCGCCGCCAUCCUGCUGCUCAGCCUCAUGUACAGGCACAAGAGCAAGCAGGCCCUGCGGGACUAUCAGAAGGUUCUGGUGCAGCUGGAGAACCUAGAGAUUGGUGUGGGCGACCAGUGCCGCAAGGAGUUCACAGACCUGAUGACCGAGAUGACCGACCUCAGCAGCGACCUGGAGGCCAGUGGGAUCCCCUUCCUGGACUACCACACCUAUGCCGAGCGCGUCUUCUUCCCAGGGCAUGGCAGCUGCCCACUGCAGCCUGCCCUCGAGGGGCCUGGGGAAGACGCCCGCCGUGUCCCUGUGCGCCAGGGCCUCACGCAGCUCUCCAACCUGCUCAACAGCAAGCUCUUCCUCCUCACACUCAUCCGCACCCUGGAGGGGCAGCCUGGCUUCUCCCAGCGGGACCGCUGCCAUGUGGCCUCCUUGCUGUCCCUGGCGCUGCACGGGAAGCUGGAGUACCUGACCGACAUCCUGCGGACACUGCUCAGUGACCUGGCCGCCCACUACGUGCAUAGGAACCCCAAGCUCAUGCUGCGCAGGACGGAGACCAUGGUGGAAAAGCUGCUGACCAACUGGCUGUCCAUCUGCCUCUACGCCUUCCUGAAGGAGGUGGCCGGAGAGCCGCUGUACCUGCUCCUGCGGGCCAUACAGUACCAGGUGGACAAGGGCCCCGUGGACGCCGUGACGGGCAAGGCCAAACGGACCCUGAACGACAGCCGCCUGCUUCGGGAGGACGUGGACUUCCGGCCCCUGACGCUGAUGGUGUUGGUGGGCCCCGGGCCCAGCGGGGCAGCAGGGAGCAGUGCCACGCAGCGUGUGCCCGCGCGGGUGCUCGACACAGACACCAUCACCCAGGUCAAAGAGAAGGUGCUGGACCAAGUCUACAAGGGCACCCCCUUCUCCCAGAGGCCCUCAGUGCACGUCCUAGAUCUCGAGUGGCGCUCGGGCCUUGCUGGCCACCUAACCCUGUCCGAUGAGGACCUGACCUCGGUGACCCAGAACCGCUGGAAGAGACUUAACACCCUGCAGCACUACAAGGUCCCGGACGGAGCCACCGUGGGGCUCAUCCCCCAGCUGCACAAUGGACGUGCUAUCUCCCAGAGCCCGGCCCAGAGCUGCCCCUUGGGGGAGAACGUUCCCAUGCUAGAGGACGGUGAGGAGGGUGGGGUCCGCCUCUGGCACCUGGUGAAAGCCACCGAGGAGCCAGAAGGAGCUAAGGCGCGGCGAGGCAGCCUGCGGGAGCGGGACCGGGAGCGGGCGCGGGCCAAGGCGAUCCCAGAGAUCUACCUCACCCGCCUGCUGUCCAUGAAGGGCACGCUGCAGAAGUUCGUGGAUGACACCUUCCAGGCCAUCCUCAGCGUGAACAGGCCCGUGCCCAUCGCUGUGAAGUAUCUGUUCGACCUCCUGGACGAGCUGGCGGGCAAGCACGGCAUCGAGGACCCGGAGACCCUGCACAUCUGGAAGACCAACAGCCUGCUGCUGCGGUUCUGGGUGAACGCCCUGAAGAAGCCACAGCUCAUCUUUGACGUGCGGGUGUCGGACAACGUGGACGCAGUCCUCGCCGUCAUCGCCCAGACCUUCAUCGACUCGUGCACCGUCUCCGAGCAUAAAGUGGGCAGGGAUUCCCCAGUGAACAAACUGCUCUAUGCCCGCGAGAUCCCUCGCUACAAGCAGAUGGUGGAGAGAUACUACAACGACAUUCGCCAGAGCUCGGCUGCGAGCUAUCAGGAGAUGAACUCGGCGCUGGCUGAGCUCUCCGGGAACUACGCCUCUGCUCCCCACUGCCUGGAGGCUCUGCAGGAACUGUACAAGCACAUCCACAGGUAUUAUGACCAGAUCAUCAGUGCCCUGGAGGAGGACCCCGUGGCUCAGAAGAUGCAGCUGGCCUGCCGCCUGCAGCAGGUCGCCGCCCUGGUGGAGAACAAGGUGACUGACCUGUGAACACCGAACCCCACGGACACUUGAGGCCCAGCAGCCCCGGCAGGAGCAAGCAGGAGCCCCCACCGCAGUGCCUGAGGACCCCCAGUCGGAGCCGGCAGCUGAGGAGGGGCCGGUGGAGAACGGCUGGGGUGCUGCCCGCCAGGGCUCUCCCUGAGGCCUCCCCCCUCCACCUGCUCCUCACCCCGCAUUCCCCCGCCCGGGCUAUCUUCUAAUUUAUAGUAAUCCUCACCUCUUCCCCCCACCUCCCCACUGUAUUUAUUUGCUUGCUAGAGAAUCACAUCUGGAAAUAAAAUAGAAAGACAUCUUUUUAGAAAAA